UGUGUUGGUGAGACUGGAAGGAUGCAGCCAUCCUGUUGUUAUGAAAGGCCUGUGUGCAGAAUGUGGCCAAGACUUGACACAGAUACGAAGCAAGAACGGAAAGCAGCAUGUGCCAUUAUCCACAGCAACUGUGUCUAUGGUUCACAGUGUCCCAGAACUGAAAGUCAGCUCUGAGCAAGCUGAACAACUAGGAAGAGAAGAUCAACAGCGACUACAUCGAAAUCGAAAACUGGUACUCAUGGUAGAUUUGGACCAGACAUUGAUCCAUACUACAGAACAGCACUGCCAGCAAAUGUCUAAUAAGGGAAUAUUUCAUUUCCAACUAGGUCGAGGUGAGCCUAUGUUGCAUACUCGUUUGCGUCCUCAUUGUAAGGAAUUCCUGGAAAAAAUUGCCAAGCUGUAUGAAUUGCAUGUUUUUACUUUUGGCAGCAGGCUGUAUGCACAUACAAUUGCAGGAUUUUUGGACCCUGAAAAGAAGCUUUUUUCCCAUCGGAUAUUGUCAAGGGAUGAAUGUAUUGAUCCAUUUUCUAAAACUGGUAAUCUUAGAGAUCUCUUUCCAUGUGGGGAUUCCAUGGUUUGCAUCAUUGAUGAUAGAGAGGAUGUUUGGAAGUUUGCACCCAAUUUGAUAACUGUGAAGAAAUAUGUAUACUUCCAGGGGAUAGGAGAUAUUAAUGCACCUCCUGGAUCAAGAGAAAUUCAAAUGAAAAAGAAAGUAAACCACUCUACAAAAACAGAGGCACUGUGUUCAGCAGUGACAUCAGCAAAAGAUGCUGAAGAAAUAAAGAAUGUUACAUGUGUAGAAGAACAAAGCAAUGGUCUCAAAAAAGCUACAAAAGACAGUUGCACUGCAAAUGGAAGUUCUUCUGUAAGCAGUGAAAUAUCUGACUCAGAUAAAUACUCUUGUGAAAAAGGUAAUGCCCAGGAAUCCUUAAACGAUAGCACUGAGCACAAAAUGGACAGUGAGGUCAUUAAUGAUUUGACAAAUACAAAAGAGUCUCAGAUUUUUUCAGAACAAGUUGAUGGAACAGUGACAGAGAAGCAGCAAACCCAAGACAAGACAACAAAUGACUUGGACUUUGAACUGUCUAGUGACAGUGAAAGUGAUGGUGGAUUGGAUACCAGAAAGUCAUCCAUUUCUGUAUCAGAUACUGAGAUUGAGGAAAAGAGAAGCUGGAAGAAAUCCAGACAACCUUCGCAGGAUGAAAAUUUGCAGAAAAUAAGUUGUGCUGAUGUGACUGAAAAAAAGGAUGGUCUGGUAAACCAUUCUGCAGACAUACAGUCUCUAUGUAGUGAAAAUAUUAAUGACAAAAAUGAUCUUGAAGCACAAGAAGAAAGUGAACAGGAAAGCCUUUGUGAUUCAGGAAAUGGGUGUACAGACAAGAAAGAAGCUGAAACAGAAUCUCAGAAUAGUGAACAGUCUGGGAUUACAAUGGGUGAGUCCUUAGACCAGAGUAUGGAGGAAGAAGAAGAGGAAGAUGAUACAGAUGAUGAUGACCAUUUAAUAUACCUCGAAGAGAUCCUUGUGCGGGUUCACACUGAUUAUUACACAAAGUAUGAUAAAUACCUAAAAAAGGAGAUUGAGGAAAUUCCAGACAUCAGAAAAAUAGUACCAGAACUGAAAAGUAAAGUGUUGGCAGAUGUAACCAUAAUAUUUAGUGGACUCUACCCAACAAACUUUCCCAUUGAGAAAACAAGGGAGCACUAUCAUGCCACAGCACUUGGAGCUAAAAUUGUGAAGAAUCUUGUACUGAGUGCUGAUGAUCCUGACAAAGCAACACAUCUCAUUGCAGCAAGGACAGGCACAGAAAAAGUACGGCAAGCUCAGGACUGCAAGGACCUCCAUGUUGUAAACCCUGAUUGGCUAUGGAGCUGCCUGGAGCGCUGGGACAAGGUUGAGGAACAGCCCUUUCCCUUGAAGGAUGACUAUAUCAAAACACACAGAGAGAAUAGCCCUGCCACAUUUCCUGAUACACACAGCACACUUCAGACAGCCCUGUUUCACCCAACCCCCAUCCAUCCGAAGUCUCAACCUGGUCUUGAAGUUCGACUUUAUGAUCCAAAUACUGGGAAGCUAAUCAGGAAGGGCACUCAGGCCUCUGGCCAGUCGAUGUACAUCCAGUCUCCAGCUCCUCCCAUCACCUUGCCAGUCCACGGUGAACAUUCAUCCUUCAGAGUUGUUCAACCACAUCAGCAGCAGAUGUUUGAAGAAGACGACCUACCAGGAAGCGAAAAUGAAGAGCAGCCUGGUCCAUCUAAGCGGAAACGCCAGCCAAGUAUGUCUGAGACAAUGCCCCUGUACACCCUAUGUAAAGAGGAUUUAGAGAGUAUGGAUAAAGAGGUGGAUGACAUCUUAGGAGAAGGCAGUGACGAAAGUGAUAGUGAAAAAAAAAAGCCAGAAGAGGAAGGUGAAAAACCUCAGACUAGUGCAACAGAGACUCUAGGAAUGAAAACAGAUCAGAGACCUGGAUCAUCGUCAUCAUCAUCAUCAAGAAGUGAAAGAAGCUUAAGAGGCAAUGUAACCAGGGGUCACAAGCGCAAACUGGAGGAAGAUGAUGCUGCCAGUGAAUCCAGUAAAGAAUCUAGCCUUGAAGAUGAGGAAGGAAGCAGUUCUGAAGCAGAUGAAAUGGCAGCAGCACUUGAAGCUGAAUUGAACGACUUCAUGUGA